AGUGCCUGGGAAAGGGGCAGAAGCACCAACCCUUCCCCAUCCCUCCCAGCACAAGACCUUAGGGUGUUGGAUGAAGGCAGUGGGAUCCCCACUGGAAGGAAAGAAAGAUGGGGAGCUGUUUCCUGCUUUCUGUGGUGGGUGCAGGGGUCCUCUCCCCAGCCAUGGCAAUACUUGCACUUUAAAUCCAUGAAAGUCCAGUUAAUGUUUAAUUAUGUAACUGCAGGAGAGAAAGCUUUAAGAAAACCACAUUGUUUUGUAAAAGCAGUUAUGAAUGCUGCUGCAGAGGAGUUUGGGGAAUGCAACAGAGGAAAGUUGCUUAACUGCCUGGCAUGUUUGAAGGAGAGAGAGGGAAGCUGGUCUCUGCCAGGGAUUUUUGGAAAAUGUUCAUCAUUUCCAAGUAUAUCGAGAAGAAAUAUGUCAAGAGGAGCCCUGAUUCUCAGUGCUCUGGCCUCCCAGAAGCUGUGAAGGACAAGGACAUAUUUUCUUUCCUCCAAGCGUAUGAGGAGAACGUGGAUUUGAGUGAGCCUGUGCUGGCACCUCUGCAGGAACGUGGGGAGACCAUUCUUCAUCUGGCCGUGCUCUUGUCUGAUCAAACCUCUUCGCAUAUUGUUGAUUUUCUUGUUCAGAACAGCAGGAACCUGGCAAAGCAGAUAGCAGAGGAUGACAUGCUGCUUCACUACUGCUGCUCUCAUAACAAGCCCAAGUGUGUCAAACUGCUGCUGAAGGCCAAAGCCAACAUCACCAUCACUAACAAAUCCGGAGAGAUGGCCCUGGAUGUUGCCAGGAGGCUGAGACAUCCCCUGUGUGAAGAGUUGCUGUUGCAGGCCAAGAGCAAUCAGUUCAACCCCCAUGUCUAUGUGGAAUAUAAGUGGUACCUGGGCGAAGAUGACAUGUUUGAGAGUGAUGAAGACCUAGAUGGGAAGGCCUGCAAGGCCUUCUGCUUGGAUGUGGGCCUGGGAGAGCUGUGGGAACUGCAGCACUGGGUGGCAUACCCAUAG